AUGUCAUCGUCGUCGUCGCAGUGGCCGCCGCAGCAUGGCGGAGCGCUGCUCGGGUACCGCGGCAAGUGCAAGUACAAGAGCGGCCGCUGCGCGAACGAGCGGACGCUCAAGGAGAAUGGCGAGCCGCACACACUCUGCGAGCCGCACCGGCUGCAACACAACAAGAACCAGCGCAAGUCGGACAUUAAGCGCCGCCGCCUCAAGAAGCUACAAGCACCGAGCAAUGCAAGCGUCCAGCGGCUGCUGCACGCUGAGAGCGUGGAGCGACCGACGCAAGCGACGUCGGUGGUACACCCGAUCACGUUUACCCCACCGGACGCACACCUCGACGCUCAUCACAGCACGAGGCGCAACGAUGCACAUAGCGCACAACACGGCGAAGCUUACAGCGACUACAGCGACUCCAAGAUGCAUUCGCCGGGCGCGCAGCCAGCUUUCAACUACAGCUGGACCCGGCCACCACCACCGGGCAAGAUGGAAAUGCGGCGCACGAUAGAGUCUCCGAUGCUGCCUCCACUCCACGCAUCCAUGCCCUACCACAACGCCACCAGCAUUAGCGCGCAUCCCUCGGCGGACCAGUGGCUGCCACCGAUACCGCAGACGUCGCACGUGGCGAUCAAGCAGGAGCCGCCCGACGAGGCCAAGCCGCCGCCAAGUGCAGGUCUUCCGGACGAGUGGUCACACGAAGACCUUGUCAUCUUGACCGAGAUGGUCGGCCUCCAGCAGUCGUCGUCGUCGGCGUCGUCGCGCCAGUCCUCGUGA